UCCUAUGUGUUAAAUUGUAGCAUUUUUGUUUGAUUGCCUUCAGCUGUCGCCCAUCUCAGAAUGACCUUCCAAGACCAUAGGAAACUUUUCCCAUUUUGCAUUUAUAAUAUAUAGCCGAACUGAAAUACCGUCUUCUAGGAGAUGAUGUUUUUCAAAAUGAACUGGAUCUGUGUUUUCUUCCAUAAAGAGAACUCCCAUCAAAGAAUUUUCUCUCUACCAAUGAAGGCUGGCAGUUCUACUAUGUAUGGUUUUAGCUGCCUAGGGCACUAUAACAAUGUAUUAUUUGCCCAUGGAAAAACUGCCAGUAUAUGUUAGAAGUGGUGCCUACAAUCAGGUCUUCCUGAUUCUUAAGAUCAGAUUUAUAUCCUGCAAUCCAGAGCUGUCUCUGUAAUUAGUAAGUUAUAUUGUUUAAUAUACAUCCACUCUCAAAGUAGUCUCAAGUUCCAGGGGUUUUUGUAAUGUGAAUUAAUCUAUUCAUUAGUUUUAUAAGUUCAUAUUGAAUAAGGAGAAAUGUUGAUGAUUUUUUUAAAGUUUAAAUCCACAUCUUUGCCAUAUAGCCACAUGAUCAGAUGGGGAUAAGGAAUUUCAAGACAGAACAUUUUUUUUUAAUCCGAGGUGGAUACCAAUAGGUAAGAGGACCUGGGUUUGGGAAUAUCUUUGUGGAUUUCAUUUGUGUUUCGUAAAAGUCAGGACUUUUCAACUGUUUUAUCCCCAGAAGAAAGACCUGUGUAAUUAGCACCAAUGCAGGACUCUGAGUCUUGACACCCUAAUGUUGACUCAACAUCUUACAGAGGGGGGAGAUGAGGAACCUUAGGGGAAAUCUGGUGAAGGCCUGUCUAGACCUAAGAAAAUUUAAUACUACAGCAAAACCAGAGCUUCCUCAGCCUCUCCUUACUCUUCUCUCACCAAUAUAUCUUUAGUUAUUUGUUGUGGUACUUCUAGUAGUGAAACAGAGCUGGGAAUGAGAUGUAUAUUUGAGUAAGUAAACUGACUGCUUAUCACAUACAUUCUACUGAGGCUAUGGUUGUAACAUUCAAAUAUUCAGUUUGGCCAAUGGGAGUAUUCCAUUAAGGCAUCUCCCCUCCCCCCCACCCCUUGAUAGGUCAGGGUCUGUGGCUGGGAUUUAAGUCAGCUAAAUGUCUGGUCUAGCUCUAAUAGGGAUUUCUUUAAGAGCAAGUUGAACCCUGUUAGCAAAUGCGUAAACCUUGGAAAGGACCAACUGGUUGUUGCCAUGGCCUCCAGAAAAACUGUAAAAACUCAGCUUCAAGGUGGCCCAGUGAAGCCAUUCGGUCAUCAUCAAUCAACGGCCCGUAAGAUGGAGACUGACCUGAAGAUGAGAGCAUCUUCAGAGGCAGGCUCCCCUUCUCUUCGGGCAUACCCUCUUCUCUCUGUGAUCACCCGACAGCCUCCUGUUAUCUCCCACCUGGUCCCUGCCACCCCUCGCAUUGCCCAGGCUUUGUCAUGUCGCCCAGCCACAGAGGCUACCUCUGAUGCUCCAGCCAGCGAGGUCCCAGCCAGCAGUGAGUCUGAGACCGAACAGCCAACUCCCAGGUUGAAAAAACCUCGUCGUAGCCGUACCAUUUUCACAGAGCUGCAGCUCAUGGGAUUAGAGAAAAAGUUUCAGAAGCAGAAAUAUCUAUCCACACCAGACAGGUUGGACCUUGCCCAGUCUCUGGGACUCACUCAACUCCAAGUAAAGACUUGGUAUCAAAAUCGCAGAAUGAAAUGGAAGAAAAUGGUUCUAAAAGGUGGGCAGGAAGCUCCUACCAAACCCAAAGGGCGUCCCAAGAAGAACUCCAUCCCCACCUCAGAAGAGAUUGAAGCUGAAGAGAAAAUGAAUAGUCAAGCUCAGAAUCAGGAUGUGCUAGAGCCCACUCAGGAACACAAGAAGCUGGAACCUCCAGAGGAACCCAAGGCGUCUGAUCUCCCCACAGAGGCCCUUGAGUCCCCCAGUAGCCAGUCCCAGGAGCUGCCACCUCCCUCUUCGGAGACAGCAUCAUCAAGCUAAAAUUUACCUUUUCUUGGGAGGGGAGGGAGUGACUGAGGGUAAGAGGAGAGGAGGCAGGGGGAAGUAAGGAGAAAAAACUCACCAAAGAACUCAUACCUGAUGUGCCUGGGGAGGAGAGAAGGCAGGCAAACCCUUCCCCUCCUCCCAGAAUGUUCUUACAUCAUCAUCAGCAUGCAUGCACUUGAAUGAACCCUUGUUUGUUUUAGGCCUUGCUCCUGUUGAAAGGGUGUGCUGCCACAGGGCUACCCAACUUGCCUAAAGGAAGAGAGCUCCUUGGGGAUCUUACUGACACCAUGGUUGUCAUGGAGAUGGUUGUGGUAUUCUGGCUGGGUACAAGAUACCUAUCUAUGGGGUAGGCUGUAUCCUGGAACAAAGAGGGAGGACGCCAUAGCUCUUUUCUCUAUCGGCUCCAGGGCAACCACCAAUCAAAGCAGAGAGAUAUGGAAGAACUGGGGCAGCUGCCCAAUUUCCUUGGUGACCUAGCACUUAUUUCUUGUAGGCUUUAAAAGAAAACAUUUAAAAUUUUUUGAGGGGAGGGAGAAGGGCAGGGUGGGUCAGGGGAUAAGGGAGUUCUGAAUUAUUAGAGUUGUUUCUGAAGAAAGUUCCUGUUUGUUUGUUUGAUGUGUGCCUUUGUACCAAUUAAAGGGUGAUAAGGUGACCCAAGAACAUUUUCCUAUAGCCUUGCUCCAGAGGGGAUGCCAUCCCCAACAGCUGCAACGCAGAUGUGUUAAGAUAACUUUUAUUUUUUAAUUAAAAAAUAAAUAAUUGAA